CCAGCCUGUCAGUUAGCGCGCCGGUUGACACCGGACUGAUUGAACGUGACACAAUCAGAUUGCUCUCCGCGAAACUAACCGUUUGGCGGAUAUCAAGUUUUCUUCAGUUCAAACAUUAUCUGUGUCGCAAACACUGUGAUUUCGGUACAUUUUUAUUUUGUUUGAGGAACUUGGUUGUUUUGCCUGUUACAAUUUUUCUGGUUAUGAUGCGUUUUGUGUUUUCCUUGUUCCCGCUGGUGAAGCAGCCACGAGUUCAAAGGAGGGAAGAUUUGUGCCUCAGCCUUUUCUAACCGGUGACGACUGAAACGAAGUGCGAUCAAACGACUCCAGCUGUGCCCAUUGACGAAGUCCUCUGCGCCGCGACACGCAGCGGCUCGAGCUCCAGCAGGAUUUAGCGCUCAAGCCAGCCUCCUCGACGCACUGGUCUGCGCCCCGAAAACGAAGUUGUGUCCAGCGCACCGACCUUAGCCGAUUUCCGCCCGUCGUUGAUCCGACGCAGCCCAACCCUGGAUUCAAUACUUUUAAUCAAUGGACAGAGCCUCCUCAACGGCCAGCAGAGGUACAGACACGCCAUAAGCAGCCCUUACCCUCUGUCAUUAGCUCCUCCUGGUGGUUGGAGGGGGAUGGAGCGCGGUGGUGGGGAGAGCCCCCGUAUGCAGGACAGUCCUGAGCGGGAGCGACGGGGGGGCAGCCCGGACCUCAGCGGACCACCGCCAGGGAAGAUGGGGCGUCUGGAGCGCAACGGGAGCCCCACUGGGCCAUGUCUCCUACACCACAACGGCAACCCACACGGACCCCUGGGAGGUCUGAUGAUCCCAGUAUUCUGUGUGGUAGAGCAGGCAGGGCCGGACGGAGGGAUGCAGCGUGAGGAGGUGGAGAGGAGCGAGGGCCACAGGGAGGAGCAUGCUGAGUUUGUCCUGGUCAGGAAAGACAUCCUCUUCAACCAGCUGGUGGAGACGGCCCUGCAGGCCCUGGGGUACUCCCACAGCUCUGCUGCUCAGGCCCAGGGCAUCAUCAGGGUGGGCCAUUGGAACCCUCUGCCCAUCCACUUCCUAACAGACGCCCCUGAAGCCACAGUGGCUGACAUGCUGUUGGACGUCUAUCACAUGGUCACUCUCCACAUACAGCUACAGAGCUUUGCCAAGCUGGAGGAUCUUCCGUCAGAGCAGUGGAACCACGCCACGGUGAGGAACGCUCUUAAGGAGCUUCUCAAGGAGAUGAACCAAAGCACACUGGCUAAGGAGUGCCCACUGUCACAGAGUAUGAUUUCCUCGAUAGUAAACAGCUCCUACUAUGCCAAUGUCUCCACUGCCAAAUGCCAGGAGUUUGGACGCUGGUACAAGAAGUAUAAGAAAAUCAAAGGAGACUAUCAGGAGAAGAUGUGGCCAGGAAGAGAACAUUCUGAAAUCAAAGUGGAGAGAGACAGCCUGGCAGACUUCUAUGUCCUGGGCCAGCGUCCCCCUCCCCACCUGGCCAGCCUGAUCCAGCUCAGCCACCUCAGAGGGGGUGGAGGUGCUCUCCUCAAGGGUGGCUCCGUGGACCCCCAAAACCCCUCCCAACCCUCCCAACAACAACAACAAUCCCAACAACAACACCCCCCCUCGCCCCAUGGCCAGCACCACAACAGCCCCCCUCUACGUGGCCAGGUCCCCCCUCCCGGCCCUCCAACCUCCCUCCAACCUCUCCUCGGCCCAGGCGGGCUUCUCUCCCCCCAGCUCAGCCCUCAGCUGGUUCGACAGCAGCUAGCCAUGGCUCACCUCAUCAACCAGCAGCUAGCUGUUAGCCGCCUGCUAGCCCACCAGCAUCCACAGGCCCUCAACCAGCAUUUCCUCAACCACCCUCCUAUCCCUCGCCCCCCCAAAGCAGGGGCCCCUGGGGACCCUGGGAGCAACCCGUCUGCUGCGGAGGUCUCCAUUGAUAUCUACCAGCACGUCAGGGAUGAACUGAAGAGGGCCAGCGUCUCACAGGCUGUGUUCGCCCGCGUGGCCUUCAACAGAACACAGGGCCUGCUGUCGGAGAUUCUGCGGAAGGAGGAGGACCCUCGCUCUGCCUCUCAGUCCCUGCUGGUCAACCUCAAAGCCAUGCAGAACUUCCUCAUCCUCCCUGAGGGGGAGAGAGACCGUAUUUACCAGGAGGAGCGUGAGCGCAGCAUCAACCCCUCUGUCGGCCUGCCCCCUACCCCUACCUCCAGCCCCGGGGGCCCCCGCCUCUCUCAGGAUCUAUUUAGACCCACCAUCACUAACCAUGUCCCAUACCACCUCAUGCAGAAGGUGUGGGAGAGAGGUCUGGAGGAACAGCUCACUCCUGACGCCUGGGCUGCUAUCUGGAAAAACAAGACCAAAGUCUCCUCUGUGCCCAAGCCACCAGGCCCCAACCCAGACCUGCCCCUGAAGCUGGAGUCUCUGGUCAACAUCACGUCAGGUAUCUAUGAUGAGAUCCAGCAGGAGAUGAAGAGGGCCAAGGUGUCUCAGGCGCUGUUCGCCAAGGUGGCUGCCAACAAGAGCCAGGGCUGGCUGUGUGAGUUGCUGCGGUGGAAGGAGAACCCUAGCCCAGAGAACCGUACUCUGUGGGAGAACCUGUGUACCAUCCGGAGGUUCCUGACCCUGUCCCAGACAGAGAGGGACAUGGUGUAUGAAGAGGAGUCAAGGCACCACCACAGUGAGAGAGUCCACACUGUACUACACCUCCCCCAAGACCCACAGUUGUACUGUUUUUCUCACCAGGCGCUGCACAGGCAACUCCCACAGCCCCUGAAGCACCACUCCCCCAUGCGCGAGGACCCCGUGCCCGCCCAGGGUAACGAGGAAGGGUCACAGAACAUUGAAAGAGGUGGUGGUGGGGGUGGCUGCACGGGCGGCCCAGGAGUCGGUGGUUCCAUGGUCGUUAAGAAGCCUCGGUCGCGCACUAAGAUCUCUCUAGAAGCCCUGGGCAUCCUGCAGAGCUUCAUCCAAGACGUUGGUCUGUACCCCGACCAGGAAGCCAUCCAUACCCUGUCAGCCCAGCUGGACCUGCCCAAACACACCAUCAUCAAGUUCUUCCAGAACCAGCGCUACCAUGUCAAGCACCACGGCCGGCUGAAGGAGCUGGGGGAGGGGGCUGGCGGCGUGGACGUCAGCGAAUACAGAGACGAGGAGCUCCUCUCCAGCUCAGAAGACCCUGAGUCCAGUGAGGAUGGUCACGAGGAGAUGUACCCCACUACUGAGAGGGAAGGAGGGGAGAGAGAGAGCAACGCAGCAGGGUCAGCCUCUUCCCUGGCCCCAGCCCCAGGCCAGUCUUCAGUGACCAGUAUGGGAGCCAUGGAGGAGAGCAAGGACAAGGGGCAUUCUCAUGGUCAGGGUGGGGGCCGAGCCAGCUCCCUGCCCCCUAGUAGCUCCUCAUCCAGUCCCAGAGAACAGGCUGACUUCCAGAGAUAGAGACCCAGAGACUAGAUGAGACACUGGAAGAGAUGGGCGGAGACAUGAGAGACAGAGAGAGAGAGAGAGAGAGAGACAGAGAGAGAGAGAGAGAGAGAGAGAGACGAGGGGAAGGGAAGGGAAGGGAAGGGAAUGGGAACAAAACACUGGGAGAGGGGAAGAGAGGCAUCGAUGAGACAAUGAGAGACUCACUGACACACACACACACACACACACACACACACACACACACACACAAAUAUAAACAGACAGAAGCGAUCCUAAGGAGGGCUCGUCAAAGAGGGAUUUCAGUGAAAAUACAAUGUGUUACCUCAGCAACAGGGAUAUGCCAUGAAAGAGCAGCCAUGUGGAACAGUUAGAAUAGUAUGUUCACUGAACCAAUAGACAGAGAGAAAACCAAACACACACAUCUCACCCCUGUCCACAAGAGGAACUCGCCACAUCAACAUCACUCUUGAAUUGAGCCAAUCCCAAAAUUCAGCUUUACCCAAGAGGGCCGGCUCUCAUCUGCUCUGUCCAAUGACUACUCUCCCUAAUGUCUCAACCACACCCACAUGCUGAGCACUUGUCCUGAUUUCAAUGUUGGGUCUUGAGUCAGGCCCCUAACUGAUGCUCAUAGACUGAAUACUGGGGGCCUGCUCAGACCUCCUUCCUCCUAUGGUCCCUCAGCUCCAGAUCUACAGCACAUAACUGGCUGCUGUAGCUGUCCUCCAACUCCUUCCCCUCUCCGCCCCACUAGUCAUUCUAGUCUUGUACACCCAGUGGUGUACAAGGACACUCAGGAUAACAGUUACUCUGGUCUGUCCUCUGUUCCCCCUGCAUACCCAACCUCUCCCUAUGUGGAGAGAAACAGGGAGGGACACAACAGAAUGGAGGUCCAGCAAUCAAUCAAUCAGCCACUUUAUGUGCGCUAGCCCACCCCUUCACUCUUCCUCUCUCUUUCCCCCCAUCCCUCGUUCCCUUCCUCAUUCUCUCUCUCUAUAAUUGGUGCCCACAGUGUCCCCCUCCACCACACCUACCCACAUGUAACUUCUCCACCAUAUUUAUUGCUAUCUUUAUCCAUGAUUAUCAUUAUCAUUAUUGUUAUUGUUGUUAUUGUUGUUAUUGUUGUCAUAGCUGUUUAUUUUUUACUUCUAUUUUCAUGCUUGUAAUAUUGGCUUUUGGUGGUUGUUUUGGUAACGAGAGACGUUUUUUGAGACAUGAGAAACACACACUGCUGAACAAGAGUGGAAGAGAAACCAGAAAAGAAGCAGUUACUGUAACAUUUAUCAAAGUAGAAAUCCAUGUUGUGUCUAAGCAACUCACGCGUUUUUCCAAAGGGAGACCGGCUGAAACUGGAAUCCAAAGAGUAAAGGAAACACAAUGAAUGAACUGAGGUUUUGUUACAGAUGUUACCAAUCUGACAUGUUUGGGGCCGUUGGGCAACACGGCAGGCUUGACCUCUGUGUGUUAUGUACAAGUGUGUCUACAGUUCAGUACAAAUCCUUAUCUGAGAGCGGGUACUUGUGUCGAAGGAUGCAUCCCAGAGAGAGGGAAUAGGGUGGCAUUUGGGGCACAGACAAAGUAACAGAGUAACCAUUAUUUACCUGUCUGUCUCUAGGCAGCUUGUACUGUAAUUCAUUAAUCAAUCAUACAAUACAUUGUGUUUUAUCGCUA